UCAAUAAUGCCAGAGUUGUCUUUGGUGCUAGUGUUGCGGUUGGAAAAGAUAACUUUGAAACUAUUAUAAGAGACCGUCUCACUUUUGUUGAUAAAUCAAUGCUCAUAAAAGAAUUUAUUGAGAGUUCAGAUUUUGUAUCACUUAUUCUUCGUCCUCGUCGAUUUGGCAAGUCAACAAAUUUAUCUAUGCUAAAUCGUUUUUUUAAGAUAUCAUAUUCCCAAAAAGUAAAUGUUAUCUGCAGUCAACUUUUUGAAAAACUGAAAAUUUCAACUGAGAAAGAAAUUAUACAAAAAUAUUUUGCGCAAUAUCCUAUCAUUCAUAUCUCUCUUAAG